AUGUUUAAUGGAGGUAAAGGAGGUAAAACACCAUUGGUGGCAGCAACUUAUUAUUUCAACUCUGAACUCGGUGAUCUGCGGCACCAUCGGGAAGCAUUGUAUUCCGAUACACCAUCAUCGUCUUCAUCCUCAUCCUCUUCACUCGCUUCACCAUUAUCCAAUAAUGAACCCGAUGAAAAUCCAAUCGUUAAUGAAGAUGUUUGCCAAGCAGCUGAUGGACGUAAAGGUAGCUGUUAUGAUGCACAAGAGUGUGUAAAUAAAGGUGGUGUACCGAUGGGCCGAUGUGCAAAUGCAAAAAGAGAUGGAAUCGUGUGUUGUUUGUUUGAAUUAUCAUGUGGACAAAUGGCUUCAGAGAAAUUCGUUUACUUUAGAAAUCCUGGAUUUCCUCAGUCUUACCAAUCCUCAAAAGUCUGUAGAGCCAGAAUCGGUAAAAUGGAUAAAAAUGUUUGCUUCUAUCGUGUUGACAUGUUAACAUUUGACCUUGCUCCACCUAAUCGAGGUAAUUGUUCACAAGACGUUUUCGUGGUUUCAGGACAAAAUGAAAACAGUAUCGUACCAAAAAUUUGUGGCCUCAAUUCAGGGCAACAUUAUUAUUUGAAUGUCGAUGAAUCCGAUACAGUCAGUUUACAUGCUUUAAUGCUUGGAACCAGAAGACGAAAAUUUGACAUCUUGAUUACACAGAUUCCUUGUCAUUCAGAAAAUGCCGCUCCAUCUCAUUGUCUUCAAUAUUAUACUGGAACUCAUGGGUCAAUUAAAAGUUUCAACUACGAUUCAUCUACUUUAAACAUGGCCUUUGAAGGUUAUCCAAAUGAUAUUGACUAUGUUGCUUGUAUUAAAAAGGAAUCUGGAUUUUGUUCAAUUUCAUAUGAGCUUUAUACCGAUGGUGAAAAGAUAUCUCCUUUUGCUAUUGGGUCAAAUUAUGAUUCUGGUUACUCCUUAUGGAGGCCAAUAAUUGCUGAAUGUCCAGAUGAUUAUUUAUCCAUUGGUGGAGUUAGACUUUGUUCAGGUAAAUUGAUUACUCGAACACCAACAUUAACAAUAUCAACUAAUGAGACGACUGUAACCGACAUUUGGAGGCCAUCUUCGAUGGUUCUUAACGCUACCAUUGAUCAUCCAACAAUAAUUACUGAUAAUACAUCAGGUCCAUUUACAGUUAGAUUUGUUUCCAACCAUAUUAACAAUGCAAGAGGCUUUCAUCUUCGUUAUAAACAAAAUCCAUGCAAAUGAGAAAUAAAAAUCAGUUAAAUUAGUCUGUAACUGAAAAAAAUUUAAAACAAUCAAAUUGUGCUUUAUAAACCAAAAAUGAAAAUUCUUAAGACGCAUAAAAUUGAUUGUAAUUAGUCUUUCGAACCAAAAAUCAUCAACUAACCAACAACCCAAGGAAACAGAGUGACUUUUGUAUGUUUCUAAAACAACAAUUAACAAUCAAAUAGAUUGAUAUUUAUGAUAAGAAA